CCACUGUACCUGUGCAACGCCAGUGACGACGACAACCUGGAGCCUGGAUUCAUCAGCAUCGUCAAGCUGGAGAGCCCUCGAAGGGCUCCUCGGCCCUGCCUGUCACUGGCCAGUAAGGCCCGAAUGGCUGGCGAGCGUGGAGCUAGCGCGGUGCUCUUUGACAUCACCGAAGAUCGAUCAGCGGCUGAGCAGCUGCAGCAGCCGCUGGGACUGACUUGGCCAGUGGUGCUGAUCUGGGGUAAGGAUGCCGAGAAGCUGAUGGAGUUUGUGUACAAGAACCGGAAGGCCCAUGUGAGGAUUGAGCUGAAGGAGCCCCCAGCGUGGCCAGAUUACGACGUGUGGAUCCUCCUGACUGUGGUGGGCACCAUCUUUGUGAUCGUCCUGGCUUCAGUGCUGCGCAUAAGGUGUCGUCCCCACCGUAGCAGACCGGACCCUCUUCAGCAACGGACAGCCUGGGCCAUCAGCCAGCUGGCCACCAGGAGGUACCAAGCCAGCUGUAGGCGGGUGCGAGCCGAGUGGCCAGACUCAGGGAGUAGCUGCAGCUCGGCCCCUAUGUGUGCCAUCUGCCUGGAAGAGUUCUCAGAGGGGCAGGAGCUCCGGGUCAUUUCCUGCCUCCAUGAGUUCCAUCGUACCUGCGUGGACCCCUGGCUACACCAGCAUCGGACUUGCCCCCUCUGCAUGUUCAACAUCGUAGAAGGUGAUUCAUUUUCCCAGGGCCUGGGAGCCUCUCCAUCUUACCAGGAACCAGGCAGGAGACUCCACCUCAUUCGCCAGCAUCCUGGCCAUGCCCACUAUCAUCUCCCCUCUGCCUACCUGUUGGGACCUUCCAGGAAUUCAGGGGCCGGCCCCCCAAGACCUAGGCCCUUCCUGCCCUCCCAGGAGUCAAGAAUGGGCUCUCGGCAUCAACGCCUCCCCAGGGCUUCACAUCACCGGGCCCCAGAAGAACAGCAGCACCUGGCCGUACCUCAGCACCCCUACGCGCAGGGCUGGGGGCUGAGGCGCCUCCGGUGUACCCCUCAGCACCCCACAGCUUGCCCAGCGGCCCUGCGUCGGGCCAGGCCUCAUGAUAGCAGCGGGUCUGGAGAAAGCUACUGUACAGAACGCAGCGGCUACUUGGCAGAUGGGCCGGCCAGUGACUCCAGCUCAGGGCCCUGUCAUGGCUCUUCCAGUGACUCAGUGGUCAACUGCACAGACAUCAGCCUGCAGGGCAUCCAUGGCAGCAGUUCGACCUUCCACAGCUCCCUGAGCAGUGACUUUGACCCCCUGGUGUACUGCAGUCCCGAAGGGGAUCUCCGAGGGAAAGGAACACAACCUAGGGUGACUUCUCGACCCCGUUCCCUGGAGUCAGUGGUGCCCACUGGGGAGACGCGGGUUUCCAGCCACAUCCACUAUCACCGCCACGGCCACCACCACUACAAAAAGCGGUUCCAGUGGCAUGGCAGGAAGCCUGGCCCAGAAAAUGUCCCUCAGCCCAGGCCCACUGCUUCUCAGACUCCGCUCCAACCGGAGCCAUCUAUCUUGGACCCGAAGUUGACCACGCCCAACCCGGCAGCUUCUUCACUGCUCCCCAACACACACCGGCCCAGGUCUCUUACAGAGCCAGCUCCUGGCCUAGCAGAAGCUGCCAGCCCCAACCCCAAUUCCAACCCCAACAGUCUUUUGAACUUGCAGAAAUCCAGCCUCCCUGUCCGACACCCACAGAGAAAACGGCGGGGUGGCCUCUCAGAACCCUUGCCAACCUCUCGGCCCCAGGACUUGACUGUGCACCCAGCUUGCCAGGUUUUCCCCCGUUACAGCCCCAGCCUAGCAUACCCUUGGCCCCCAGAGGCUCAUCCAUUGAUCUUCAGACCUCCAGGCCUGGACAAGAGGCUGCUGUAUGAAGCCCCAGGCCCCUGUUACUCGCGGUCGCAGCCUGUGUGGUUGUACCUGCCCCCCCGCCAGCCUCUGGGACCAUGCUCUCCUGGAGAGGGACAUUCCGAGUGGAGCUCUGACAUGCCAGAGGGCAGAUCAUGCCCUUAUCCACACUGCCAGGUGCUACCAGCCCAGCCUGGCUCGGAGGAGGAGCUUGAGGAGCUCUGUGAACAGGCGGUGUGAAGUGAGAUGACCAGACAUAGCUCCCACCACGGGUGUGCUCCAGACGACUCAGGGUUCUACCCGGCACAGGGUUCUGCUCCUGGGAGAAGCCAGGGCCUCAGCAAGCCUCUCUUUUUGCCGCACUUCCUGGGACCACUGGAAGAAGAGUGGUGAUGGUGGGUGGCGGAGGUGCUGCUCCCUGCCACUAGCUCCCAGGCUUGACUACAGAACACAGCUACUGUGCAGAAGGUCCUGCGUCCAGCCAGACCGCCAGCCACGAUGCGGUUGUGGGGUGGGUCUCUCUAAAGGCUGAGUUUUUGACAGGAAGCUAGGGUGAAUGUCUAGGUGUCCUCAAGGUGCUGCUCUUUCCCCAGCCCAGCUGGGUCUCCUGCUGGGUCUCCUUUGCCCCAGGCCUCUGGUUCACACAAGCCGAUGGGUUCGGCUGAGGGCAUGGCUGCCUCUCACCUCCUGUCAAGGCUUCUCGGGGGCGACUUCAGCUUGAUCAUUCCCGUCUUCACAAAUGAACAAGGUGAUUAGGUGAGCCCCUGUCCUUAGGGAGGUCUCUGCACCUUCUCUAGCCAGUGCCUGUUGCCUUGGUGCCCAGGGAGGAGUAGUCUCCUUCCCUGUUCUUAAACUGAUCUUAAGUUGCAGGCUUCAGGAGCCAGGGUGUAGAGUUCAGUCCCAGAGGUGGAGACUUUUGACAAACCUAGGAUGAAUCUUUUGAUUAUCAAACUCCACGUCACUCCAGCAACUCUAGUUCCUCUGAGGUAGAGAGCAGGAAGAGAGAGAACAACUCCUCCUGGAAGCUCUCCUGUCUCUGCAGAAAGGAAACUGACCACCUGGGAAGAGGGAGAGGAUGAGAUGAAGGCAGGGAAAGCAAAACCGCAGCUGAGCAAGGACAGAAUUCCUCUCGGAGAGAUUCUCAAAGAUGGGGAAUAGCAUAUGGCCCCGUGGGUUUGCGGGCCCAGAGGCCCACCUUCCCAGUGCAAGCCAUACAGCCCAACAGAAGGUGGACACGUGGAAUCAGAGCACCAAGUGGACAAGGGCUGAGGGGCCUCCUGUAGCUCUUCAUCCCAGGGCAUCCUGACCAUUGUUAGCCCCUCAGGCGUUAUCCUUGCCUGGAAUGUGAAUGUGGGGGCAAAAUGGGCAUGGGAUCCUCCUUGGGAACCUUCUCUCCUCAGAGUCAGUGAGGAGACUGGCACCCAGGCACCCACAUAGGUAUUUAUAUCUGAACCAGA